AUGGCAACCAUGGCUGCAGUUCUGACCUGGGCGCUGGCCCUUCUCUCAGUGCUUUCAACAGCCCAGGCACGGAAAGGCUUCUGGGACUACUUCAGCCAGAGCAGCAGGCACAAAGGCAGGGCGGAGCAGAUCCAGCAGCAGAAGCUGGCAUGGGAGCCCGCGCGCCUGAAAGACAGCCUUGAGCAAGAUCUCAAUAUGGACAAGUUCCUGGAGAAGCUGGGCACGCUGAGUGGGGAGGAGAGGGCGCUCCCUGGGCUCCCACAGGACGAGGUGGACAUGCGCCAGCAGCUGCAGGAGGAGUUGGAGGAGGUGAAGGCGCGCCUGGAGCCCUACAUGGCGGAGGAGCAUGAGCGCGUGGGCUGGAACCUGCAGGGUCUGCGCGAGCAGCUGCUUCCCUACACCGCAGAGCUGAUGGAGCAGGUGGCCCUGGGUGUUCAGGAGCUGCAGGAGCAGUUGCGUGUGGUCGGAGAGGACACCAAAGCCCAUCUGCGCGGGGGCGUGGAAGAGGCCCGGGGCCUGCUGCAGAGCCUGCAGAACCGAGUUGUGCACCACACCGGCCGCGUCAAGGCUCUCUUCCACCCCUACGCCGAGCGCCUGGUGACCGGCAUCGGGCGCCACGUGCAGGAGCUGCACCGCAGCGUGGCGCCACACGCGGUAGCCAGUCCCGCGCGCCUCAGCCGCUGCGUGCAGGCACUCUCCAGCAAGCUCACGCUCAAGGCCAAGGCCCUGCACGCGCACAUCCAGCAGAACCUGGACCAGCUGCGCGAUGAGCUCACCGCCUUUGCCCGCGUCGGCGCGGAUGCGGAGGAAGGGGCUGGUCCCGACCCCCAGGUGCUCUCUGCCGAGGUGCGCCAGCGACUCCAGGCUUUCCGCCAGGACACCUUCCAGCAGAUCGCUGCUUUCACCCGCGCCAUCGACCGGGAGACGCAAGAGAUCCAGCAGCAGCUGGCGCCGCCUCCACCGAGCCACAGCAACUUUGCCCCCGAGUUCCUCCAAGCCAACAAUGGGAAGGCCUGGAGCCAGCUGCAGGGCCGCCUGGACGACCUGUGGGAAGAUAUCAGUUAUAACCUUCACGACCAUGGUCAGGGCCAUCUGAGGGAGCCCUGA